GGACUGGAUUCAGAAAUUGCAUGUACAUAUGUGUGUAUACGCACAUACAUACAUUUUUGAAUUUGAUCCUGACAACAGAAAAGUACCAAAACAAGCAUGUGUUGAAAAAAUACUUAGAUUGUAAAUAAUUGUAGAGCUAUUAUGUUGUUAUUUCUUUUUGAAAGGUUCUUCCUCUCCCUGUUAAUUUGAAUGAGCAUGGCAUUUAGAUAUGUAUAUAAUAUAUAGACUUUUAUUUUAAUGAAAAUAUUAGAUUUUUGUUAAGCAUCUGUUAAACUUCAGAAAACUGAGGAAUUUUAUUGAAAUUUGGGUAAAUUGCUUUUUUGUGUGUCUUUUGUUAUGUGUAAAAAAAUUAUUAAAUCUCUAAUUUGAAACUGAAGUUUGUGAGUAAUAGUGGAUCUACAUUGUAAUACUAUCAUUCUGUGUCUUAAAAAUGAAUAUAAAAAAUAAAUGUUAUAUGCAAAUGGAAAGUUUACACUAUAAACAUGUUAUUUAAAGAUAUUGUAUCAUAAUCUUAUGCAUUUUAUUUUUAUAUUCUGAAUUUGAUCUUGUCAAGGAAAUAUAUAUAAGAUGAACUUUUUUUUUUUUUUUCAUUUUUUGAUAAUUGUUGAUUAAAUAGCUUUUUAUAGCAUCAUUAAGUAGUUUUAGAAUUUUUGAGGCAUACAUUAAUCUUUUUUUGGGGGAGAGAGAUCAAUGUUAUGAUUGAGAGCUCAGUAGUGGUUAAGUUUAAAAAAUAAAUAAAUAAAAUAGAAAGGGAGGGAGAGACAGAAUGUUAAUAACUUCAUUAUUAUCAAAAAAUUAUUAUUUAUUAAGAUUUAGUGUGCAUUUUUAUUAUUGUUCAAAAUUGUGAAUGUUUUUGAUAUGAAAAUUUAAUUAAAAAAAAUUUUUAAAGUGCAUUCAGAAUUUUAAAACAGAGGGUAAGAAACUGUUAUAUUUUAUGUGCUUGUUUCUAUAGACACCCUGGAUAUGAUAUGCUGUUAUGAUGUCCAAAUAUCCAGGUUCCUUCACUACUGGAGAAAGUAACAGAAGUUUCAAAGUGAAUUUAUUAACAAACAGUGAGACUAAAAGUGCUGUUUUCUCAUGUGAUUUUUGUUUUUAUAUCACAGAAUUUAAAGCUAAUUAUUUUAGACACAUGAUGAGGCAUACUGUUAUCAAAGGGAACAACAUAAACAGUGCACUUCAAUUUGGAAAGAAACUUUAUCCUGGUUCUACUAUCAAACAAUAUAAAUGCCAACUAUGUAGCUACUCAUGUUCCAGCAAAUCUCAUUUGAAGAGACAUACGUUAAGACAUUCGGGUGAAAGACCAUACAAAUGCAAUGUGUGUGGUAAAGGCUUUACAACAAAGCAGAAUGUGCAGACUCAUCUUUACGUGCAUUCUCGUAAACUUCCAUAUACAUGCAAUUCAUGCCAUGAAGGAUUUAAACAGUUACAUCAUCUGCAGCGCCACCAAGUUCUGUCUAUGUGUCAUAUAAACCAAACUGAAGGAUACAAAUGAAUAUUAAUUGUUUUAGAUAGAAAAUUCAAAAAGUUACACAAAAAUUGGAAAGAAGCUAUAUAUUUUGAAAAUAAAUGGUCCCAUGAUUGUGUCUGUCAGAGGUUGGAAAACUUCGGUUUUGCUUCAAGGAAAAUUCCAAACACGCCGUUUUCAUUGUAAACUGUGUUCAUACUCUUCAGGCAGAAAAUAUGAUUUAGCUCGCCAUCAACGUAUUCAUUCUGGAGAACGUCCUUUCAAAUGUCUGCAAUGUGGUAAAGGAUUUACAACUAAACAAAAUUGUAAGACACACAGGAUGACUCACAUGUAUGAACAUUUAUUCUGAUGUUCAGUUUGCAUUCAGCAUUUGUCCUAUAGCUUUACUGAAGCCUAUUAAAAUAUAUUCUUAAAAAUGCCAUAUAA